AGCGAUCGUAUUGGUGAGAGGUUCCGGGGUAAUAGAGCUUCGUUAGCGCUCUAACCACCAGGUCACCUUGUCCCCUGCAUUGCAUAUUACAUGUGAACAAGGUAGACCGUAUAGAGCACAAUGAGCAGUAUCAAAUACGUUAAUACUGAACAGUGUGAGCAUGUAGGUCACUUGAGAAAACGAAAAUGAAAAUAUUUUCAUUUCUGAGAAGUCGGUUAGGUAGGGAAAUACUGAUCUUUAAGGCUCACCGCAUUGUGUGACACAACCUGAAUGGGCAUAUAUAUACAUAUAUAUAUAAAAUCAGGUAUGUUGUCAUGAUUUAUCGGCGGUACUAUAAUAUGAUAUAAGCCAUGUAGUAUAUAGCAUGGGAUGGUACUACAUGCAAUAUUCGCUGUGCUUGAGGCUUAUCCCAGCAGUAGAGACUAGGCGAAAUUUGUGAACAGGUCUAAUUUCAUGUAGGCAUACCCAAUGGCUUAUGGUCCGUCUACAGCUAUAAAUCAGUCUAGGUAGGUGAAUUGAACACCGUCAUUCAGUGUUAGGUUUGCCUGAGACGGUGAUUUCUGACUGAACAGUUUACAGAUUUAGGUUAAGUAUUAGGCUGUCUGAGAGUGUUCUGAGAGUGGCAAGAUAGUCGUGCAAAAUAACCACUCCAUCACAUGGACGAAUGUAGUGUUACCAUGGAUUUGAAAAAGCAAUCCAUGGAAUACCAUAAUUCAAACACACACGGCGAUGCCACACCAGGAGAUAUGCCUGACGACAAAACAUCGAUAGGCGAUGGCAUCGAAGUGGAAGAAGCAGACGACAGUCGCUCUGCGGAAACCGACCACAUCAGCAAGUCACGCUCUCCACCCUGCCAGUUCUGCUCCUCCGUCGGCGUGGUGCUGCCUGCAGAAGUGCUGUGUGAGAACUGCGGGUAUCAGUACUGUUAUGAGUGUCUGAACACACUUCAUCCGAGAAGGGGACCUUUCACAACUCAUCGGUUGCAGUCGGUGAAUAGAAAAUGUGAGGUUCCGGUGAAGGUAUUCCUCUGUCCGCACCACGACGAGACGAAUCCCAAACAGGUGCAAGUCUACUGCGUCACCUGCUCAUCUGCCGUUUGCUUCGAAUGCACGACAAUUAAAGGCCGCCACCAGAACCACUUCCUCAGGUUGUUUAAGGAGCAAGCCGCUUUUAAGAUGGCAGCGGUCGUGAAACUUGUAAAAGAGCUACAAGAGCUUGAGAGUGAUGCGAAAACAGAUGUGACGGAUAUGGAAAAGUCCCUGGAACAGCUUCGGUUCCAGUAUCAGCAGGAAUCGCUGAAAGCUCAGCAGAUGUGUGCCUCACUUCAGCUGAAGAUUCUGUCAGCGGAAACACGGGCGGCUGGAAACCCUAAAGGAAGGAUUUCUGCAAGCAAAGGAAGAAUUAGAACAGAGUAAGAAGACUCGACAAGAAUGGCUAUUAAAUGUUCAACAUGAAAUACAAAAGUAUGAUAAGGUGCUGCAACUGAGCCAAAGUGAUACAAGCCCAAUCGUCUUGUCGCACGAGGCGAUGACGGCUAUAGAAUCAAGGUCAAAAUUCCUUUUCACUCGUAAGCCUGCACUGAAAGGGGAAUUUUUCAGCACAUCAACUUGGACUGCUCUGGCUACUGCCAAACUCAACAUUCUCCUAAAUGUUGCCUUAAAUUCUGUUCUUAAUCCGGAACAACCCAAGCAAGGAGAUUCAAAUGGAAAAUAGGCUACAAAUUCACGCUUCAUUAAGUGUACGAUAACUCAGAAUUACUCACAUCCAUAUACCUUUGUUGUUGCGUUGCCUAAACGUCUUUAGUGCUUAUAUGGUUGGAAUGGUUCAGAAACCCGCAGUUGCAAUUUAAACAAAAGCCGUGGCACAUUUUCUUGGAAGUUUCCAUGUAAGUGUUGCAUGGUAGAGUUUUCAACAGAUACUUCAACUCACAAGAAAAAUGGAGGAUACACAGGUCAUCCUGCCUGCAUGUCUUGUAUGUUUGCUGGUAUUAUUGCCACGGCCAUGCAUAGUAUACUUUCAAAAUGUAGUCAGGCCUCCAAACAUUUAACAGCUAUUCAGUUGCUACAGAGUGCACGGUAUGCAUGCGUAUCGUUGUAUGAAUUAACAGGUCAAUAAAAUAUGUCUCCUAUUCGUAGAUUUAGCAAUUUCUCUCUCAGUCAGCGCAUGUGCAUGUGUCCGAGCAAUCGGGACAUCCAGUAAUUUGAAUAUCAUGCACUACAUACAGUACCGAUGAUGUAAAUACUUUAGUUUCGGGUAGGCCUACAGGGCUGGCAAAACCGUCAUUGGCGCAUCGA